GCAUGUGGCCAUGGCGGCGUCCUGGAACAUUCAGCGCUUGGCGCUGUAUCAUAGCGGUCGAGCUGAAGCCGUCUAUAGUGAUGGCUCUGCUGCCAUUCUGCAUCCUUCGGCCAAGGGCGCCAAGGGCCCAAUGACGGUCACAUUUUUUGCCUGCAAUGGAGUGAGGCAAAGGUUGUUGUCAUCCUGUCUUCCGCGCGAGUUCUGUGGCAAAAUUCUUGCGGCAGCAACGAUUCGCGAUCGUUUUCACCCCAUGCCAUCAGUGCUGAGCAGUCCAGCGAAGAAGCGCUUGCGGAGGCUGCAGCUGUUGACGCACGUGGUGUGGCCCUCUUGCGAGAUGGGGACUCAGCGACAUGAGGAUGGUAGCAUCAGCAUCGAAUCUUUGGAUCGGAACUCCAAGCUGUUGCUGGCACCGCAUGGGCGGAGCUACGUGGUGGACUGGUGGCAACCAGUCCCUUCAACUGACCGUGAGAGUCGCAUGGAGAAUGCACCCGGCUGUCAGAUGGCGACGGAGAGCUUUGGUACUGGGGUGGGUUAUGAACACAUCUAUCAGGUGCAGUGCUUCUAUGUUGAGCACGUGGAGAUUCCAUGGCUUUACCCUCUAUUCCUGGCCCUCAUGCAGCAUGUGGCCCCUUCAGCUGAUGCGGCAUAUGCGCAUUCUUCCACUACGCGGCGUUUGGUGGGUCUAAAGGCGAGGUUGGAGGAUUGCCUGGCGACCGGUCAACUGGUGGACAGUGGCAAGGGCGUCACGGCGCCCCUCCCUUCAAACGGCAACGGGUUGGAUACAGUUGGCAACGCUUGCGACCAUGUGUCACCAGCAGUGUGCAUGGGCGAGGUGAGUGAAGGACCUGUCCGUGUGCUGUGGACUCCGACCGCGACCCUAUGGCUGCAUCCAGAUCAAGGAGAAGCGACAAUUGACGUGUCGCGCGGAACUCCUACGCAGCCUGCGCAGUGUUUGCUGAUGGAGUCUUCACUCAAGGGCCGCUUCUGGAAACGUUUGGGACCUGGUGGACCUGGUGGACCUGGUGGCGAGGUAAUCCUCAGCGAGAUGAAGAGCGUUUCGACGGGACCGGAAUCACAGCGUGGACUUGAACUGAUUGAUGAAGCGGUGGCUGGGUGCAGAUGCGAUGCUGUUUUCAAAGUGAUGAAGUUUGGUGACACAUGGUGA